AUGUCUGACGCUCAAUUUGAUGCCGCUUUGGAUCUUCUCAGAAGACUUAAUCCUACCAAGUUACAAGAAAAUCUAAACAAUUUGAUCGAACUACAACCGAAUUUAGCACAAGAUCUAUUGUCUUCAGUAGACGUUCCCCUAUCCAUCCGGAAGGACCCAACCGAUUCGAAUCGCGAGUACUUAUGUUGUGACUAUAACCGUGAUAUCGAUUCGUUCAGAUCGCCUUGGUCAAACACCUAUUUCCCAGAAUUGUCCUCAGAGGACUCGCAAGACAGCCCCUUUCCAUCAACACCCUUAAGACAAGUCGAGAUUUUGGCCAACGACUCUUUCGACAUUUACAGAGAUCUUUACUAUGAAGGUGGCAUCUCGAGUGUUUACUUCUGGGACCUUAAUGAAGAAGAGUUCGACGGUCACGAUUUCGCAGGGGUCGUGCUUUUCAAGAAAAACCAGUCCGACCAUAGCAAUUGGGACAGUAUCCACGUUUUUGAAGUCACAGCAUCUCCUUCAUCAUCUGACACUUUCAACUACAGAGUCACUACUACAAUCAUCCUACACUUGGACAAAACAAAUUAUGACCAUGACUCUCAGAUGAUGCUGUCCGGAAACUUGACAAGACAGACGGAGAAGGACAUCGGAGUAGACAUGUCCCGUCCAUUAGAAAUCAUCUCCACGUCGCAUGUUGCUAACUUGGGGUCUUUGAUCGAGGAUAUCGAGUCUCAAAUGAGAAACCUGUUGGAAACCGUUUAUUUCGAAAAGACAAGAGAUAUUUUUCACCAAACAAAGAACGCUGCCAUUGCAUCCUCUGCGGAAGAGACUAAUAAAGAUGCCCAUGCAGAGGUCAUCAAGGGCCUUCAAUCUUUAUAG